CUUGUCGAGAAAAAAAAAGAGGAAAGACUAAAAGAAACGAAAAGAAAAGAAAAUGUUUCCUCCUUCAAGUCCCACGAUGACAACUCUCCACAGGCGGGAGAUGUUCGCCUCGUCUCGGCUGUGGAACCGCAGCACGCAGCCGGAAAUCUUCACCUUCGAGCGGGUUGACUGCCAAGCCGCCGCCGGGCCCUCCUCGGUGGCAGGCCGGCCUAAGAAGCGCUGUACGCGGGUCAUGUACCCCGCCAAGGUCCGCAUGUACCUGCCGCCCCCGGAGAGGAGCCCGGCCAAGCGCUGGCUGCUCGUCCUCGUCCUGGUGCUCCUCUGGCAGAUCUACACGGAGGAGCCCUGCCUGGACACGCCGCCCAGCGGUGCCCAUGGCCCGGCCGACAACUACCAGGCCUUCCCCGCCGGCCCGGCGGCAACUCCCGCGGCCGCUGUGAGCGCCUGCGAGGCGGACGUCGUCCCAGCCGCGGACUGCCCGGCGGCCGGCCAGCAGAGCGCCGGCAACAGCUACAUGGUGGCCCUGCUGGUCUACCACAGGCUGGGCGCGGACAAAUAAAAGUCCGCACCUGCGGAAGACAACACGCCAAGAAGCUGAGCGGACUCUGCGCAGCCGAGGAAAGAGCUUCGUGCGCCGGCCAGCUGGCCGCCGGCGGCCCGGUGACGUCCUGGAGCCUCCAGGGGGGAAAGACCGGAGAAGAAGAAAGUUGUACUUGAAUAAUUGGUCACUAAGUGACUCACUGCACUGACACCUUUGUGCCGACAGGCCGAAAUGACUCUUAUUUAAUUAUUUAUUCCGUCUUAUUUGCUAUUUAUUACAUCUUUCAUAAUAAAAACAUGUGCAAAAGAA